UUGGCGUGAGGGGGAACUGAGGCACGGCUGGAGAGGGGAGGGGGCGCGCUCCCGCUGCCAUGGCAACCGCCGCGGCCGCCCCCAGCCAGGAAAUGGCGGCGGAUGUUCCCUCCUUGGGCACAGGAGUGGCUUCUGGAACAUCUGGACCUGGCUCGCAGUCCGGAGGAGGCAUCAUCCCAAGAGCAAAGAGGCGGCAUGAGCUUGAUUUUGAUGAUGAUGGUGAAGGAAACAGUAAAUUUCUCAGAUGCGAUGAUGACCAGCUUCCAAACGAUAAAGAGAGAUUUGCCAGGUCUGACGAUGAACAGAGUUCAGCGGAUAAGGAAAGACUGGCCAGGGAGAACCACAGUGAGAUUGAGCGCCGGCGGCGGAAUAAGAUGACCGCCUAUAUCACGGAGCUUUCGGACAUGGUCCCCACCUGCAGCGCUCUAGCUCGCAAGCCAGACAAGCUCACCAUUCUGCGGAUGGCCGUCUCACACAUGAAGUCCCUCAGGGGCACCGGGAACACCUCCACGGACGGCACCUACAAGCCCUCCUUCCUCACCGACCAGGAACUCAAGCACUUGAUUCUGGAGGCAGCCGACGGGUUCCUGUUCAUUGUGUCUUGCGAGACCGGCAGGGUGGUCUACGUCUCUGAUUCCGUGACGCCUGUCCUGAACCAGCCACAGUCUGAAUGGUUUGGCAGCACGCUCUAUGAGCAGGUGCACCCCGAUGACGUGGACAAACUGCGGGAACAGCUCUCCACCUCGGAGAACGCAUUAACAGGUCGUAUCCUUGAUCUGAAGACGGGAACGGUCAAGAAAGAAGGGCAGCAGUCCAUGAGGAUGUGCAUGGGCUCCCGCAGGUCCUUCAUAUGCCGGAUGAGAUGUGGCAACGCCACGGUCGAUCCAGUCUCCAUGAACCGCCUCAGCUUUAUGAGAAACCGAUGCAGGAACGGCUUAGGUGCUGCAAAGGACGGGGAGCCCCACUUUGUCGUGGUCCACUGCACAGGCUACAUUAAAGCUUGGCCCCCUGCAGGGGUUUCACUGCCAGACGAUGAUCCAGAUGCUGGACAGGGAAGCAAAUUUUGCCUCGUGGCCAUCGGCAGGCUCCAGGUCACGAGCUCCCCCAGUUGUGCAGACAUGAACACCGUGUGCCAACCGACCGAGUUCAUCUCCCGGCACAACACCGAUGGCAUCUUCACCUUUGUUGACCACCGCUGCGUUGCCACAGUCGGCUACCAGCCGCAGGAACUGUUAGGGAAGGAUAUCGUAGACUUCUGCCACCCAGAAGACCAACAGCUCCUGCGGGACAGCUUUCAGCAGGUGGUGAAGUUAAAAGGCCAAGUUCUGUCUGUCAUGUUCCGUUUCCGGUCCAAGAACCGAGAAUGGCUGUGGAUGAGAACUAGUUCCUUUACCUUCCAGAAUCCGUACUCGGAUGAAAUUGAGUACAUCAUCUGUACCAACACCAAUGUGAAGAACUCCAGCCAGGAGUCCCGGCCUGCCUUGCCGAACCCAAUGCAGAGGCCACAGCUGGGCCAGAACGCCCCCCUGCCAUUGGAGAUGGGUUCAGCGCAGCUGGCGGGGAGGCAGCAGCCAACUCAAGCAGCAGAGCUCGAUGUGGUCCAAGGACGAGAGAGCUUAGCCAGUUAUGAACACACACAGGCCGUAGUUCAGCCUGUGAGCAGCUCCGGCCCAGAGCACAGCAAGCCUCUGGAGAAGACAGAUAGCCUCUUCAGCCAGGAGAGAGACCCCCGCUUCACCGAAAUCUACAGCAGCAUCAGCACAGACCAGACGAAAGCCAUCUCUGCCAGUUCCGUGCCUGCCAGCCAGUCUCUGUUCUCCCAAGGAAGCACCUUUAAUGCCUCGCGCCCCACUGAGAACUUCAGGAGCAGUGCCAUGGUGCAGCCCACAACGCAGCAGCCGACAUCCGCGGGGCAGAUACUGGCCCAGAUUUCUCGCCACUCCAAUCCCAGCCAGGUCCCUGGAACGAACUGGGCCUCAGGGACGCCGCGCCCGUCUUUCACGGCCCAGCAAGCGGCUUCCCAGGCUGUGAAGGCACGGCCCUCGUCCUUCUCCAUGGGUGCCUUCCAGACCACCCCGUCCUCCUUCAGUCCCAUGUCCACACCUGGUUCCACUGCCUCGCCAGGCGGAGCAGCCUACUCAAGCCUUGCCGGCCGAAGCACCGGCUUUGUGGGGGAGAGUGGGCAGUCCUCAUCCCAGUUCCAGCCACGGACAACAGAGGGCAUCGGCGUAUGGCCGCAGUGGCAGGGCCAGCACCACGGUCCAGGCUCAGGCGAGCCGCACAUCUCACAGCAGUCCAGCCAGCCAGAAGUCUUCCCGGAUAUGUUGUCCAUGCUGGGAGACCAGGGAACCAACUAUAACAAUGAAGAAUUCCCAGAGUUGAACAUGUUCCCUUCCUUCUCAGAAUAACAAAUGAAAACUGGUCUGUGAAGAAACUGCAGUUUUCUCUCUCACUCUUGUCGAAAGGAAGAAGCAGCUGGGUCUUUCUCACUUCUUUCAAAGACUGCCAAAGUCUUCCUACUUUUCGGGAAGCGGAAGCGUCCAGCGAGGUGUUUGCCCGCCGAGGCUGACUCAUCCCCAAAUGGAGAGAGUGUCUGGUAAGGCCGCGUGUCUGGCUGCGGCCUCUUUCCCAACGUGCCACAGAACCCGGUUGGACUUUGGAGAGGAUCGGGCCUGCUUUUACAGCCGUAACGAGGGUCGUUUUGUCACGCCAGAUGGGAGCACGGGCACACGGGGUGUGAGCGUCAGGGAUAUUAAAAGCUCAGUGGGUGGCUUUUUAAAAAAAAAAAUAGAAACACUUCUAGGCCAUAACCUUUUAUAUUAAAAAAAAAUUGUAUUCUUGUUUAUACAUGUCAGGGAAAGGGGACAAGAUUUGUUCUCCAAUGCUAACUCAUAGGUAAUUGUAUCACCUGUGACCAGUGAGGUGUCAAGAAAUGCUCAGCCACAAGCUCCUUCACGAGUGCGCUUACACACACACACACACACACACACACACACACGUACGUGCACAGGAUCUUGCAUGCAACUCACUACAGCAGUGUUACUGAACUACGGGGGGUGCGUCAGGCUGCAAGGACCGCUUUCCACAGGUGUUUCCUGUGGGCUUGCCAGUACCUCCUUCUCCACUGCCAUGUUUCCAAUACAACAUUGCGCACACAUGGUGGUGCACAGAAAUGUGGCACUUCAAGACCGGGGCAAAAGCUCGGUUGGAAGGCCAAGAAAACACGUGCACGAUGUGGUUUCUGAGCUCCUCUGCUAGGGGAUGGGGGCCCUUAAAAAGCCUCCGUGUCCCUCCUCCCUCUGGAAACCUGGAGAGAGCAGGAGAGGCUGUGGCUUGCCUUCUGGGGCUUUCAGGGAAAUGCAGCGCUCGGUUUCCGUGUUUGACAGGAGCCUGGCUUCCCAAAGUUUUGCCGGAAUGCUGUUGUCUCUUCCGCAAACUGUGCAAUUGAUGCAGGCCUCGCUUGAUAGCAGUGGCCUCAUCUCCACUUUAAUGCUUUUUCAUGUAUUCUCUUUAAGACGGGGGGGGGGGGGAACGGGACAUUUACAAGCCAUAAAAACGUCCGUGUGACGGUCGGUUGCGUAAAGCUUUUGUAUUGUUGAGGAUUACUGUGUUUGCAACGGCUUGCUUUUUGGUUGUGUAUUGGGGAGCAAAUGUUCUUUCUCCCCAGCUGGCAAUGGGUUGGAUCCUGCGGCUCUAUUCUUCCAAGGGCAAUACUGCCCCUCAGCGUAAGGAGCCAUUCCCCUGAGGCAAGAGGCUGGAGCGGAAUGGUGCUGCCAUUAGCCGCAGGAAUCCAACCCAGCAGAUUUGUCUUAAAUUUUAGUUCAGAUUGUUCACGUAGGUGUAAAAAGAGAUCUUCCUUCCAAGCAUCACGUUGCUUGCCUGCGCCUUCUCUUCAGCUAAAACAUCAGGGCCAGAUCAAGAAAACAGGAAUCUCAUUCUCUGCAGCCAAGCCAAGGUUCUAGCCCCCAAGAGUGAGGGAUUAAGGCCUUUUUUGCACAGGUGAUUUUUGCUUCGUUUGGCCCCAUACUUCAUCAGGUUUUCUUCUGGAUUCCAGAUGCUUAAUUCUCCCUUCAGAUUUCAAUGCGGCAUUUCAAGGGUCACAGGCAGAAAAUUCAGAAGAGAACCCUUGAAGCACCACAUUGAAAUCUGAAGGGGGAAUAAAUUAUCUGAAAUUUGGAAGAAAACCCAAAGAGGUAUGGGGCCAAAAGCGGCCCAAACCACCCAUGCGAGGAAAAAAAAGCCCAAGUUUGAAAAUCCGUGGAUGGCUGUGUGGGAAAACGCUCUGCGUUGGUUUUUGUUCCUCUGGAAUCAAUUGUGCAAAUUAAAUAUAUAUGCAAAUGUUUUUUUUUUUAGUUGCAAGCAUGCACAUCUUGGAUUGUGAGGGUCAGCCUCUUCUAUGCUCCCCACUUCCAGCCUACGGGUUCAGAGGCAAGAAACCCCUACCUAGGAUGCUUCAGGGCCGGCGGGAUAGGAGGUCCAGUUCAUUCCAUGCUCUGUCUUUGCAGAAACAUGUGGAUGAAUGCCGGGUGGAACUUACAGCUGGCACAGACUUUUUUAAAAAAACAUCCCCUUUGUAGCCAGGUCUGUGAGAUGAGCUCUAGUGCAGGGGUCCCCAACCUUUUUGAGCCUGCGGGCAUCCUUCGAGCUCUGGCACAGUUAGGUGGGCUCAGCAACAAAAUGGUUGCUGGAGGCAGAGCCAGCCACAAAAUGGCUGCCACAGCUUACCUUCAGUCACACAGCGAAGUUCCUUGUGCAGAUUCUGCCAAAGCGGCAUUUUUAAAAAUCUGCACAGCCGAUCAAUACUCCAGUGGCCCGUCAGAAGCCGUGCUUGGAAAAAGCCCCACCUCACCACGCCCACUUUCUGAAAACACCUGGGGGAGCACCAGAAAGGUGUUGGCGGGCACAGUGGUGCCCAUGGGAACCACGUUGGGGACCCCUGAAUGUGACGAGUGCCUGGUAAACUCUGGGAAGCCGGGGCGGGGGGGGGGGGUCUGAGCUGGCAAGGAGGCUUCGGGAUCUCUUGUAGCUGAGUCCCCUUCCCACAAGGGAAGGAGGAGGGCGCUUUGACUCUUAAAAGCUUGUGCCCUGAAGAUGUUGUUGGUCUCAGAGGUGCCGUUGGACCCACAGCCUGCUCUUCCCCCAAAGAGAGCCCUUGGGUGUUCCAGCCAAGGACCUUCGUUGUGCCAAGUGUCUGCUCUUCCACAAAGCUGCUGUUGCGGGGUGGGGGGUGGGGGAUGCCUUUGUUGGGGGUGGGCAGAAGCACCAUGUGCAAGAGGGGAGAAGACAGGGGAGAAAGUGCCAGCCGAUGAACCUCCUCUUCUCAAUGGGAUCGGUUGCCUUUGUGUUCUGGAGCAAGCAGGCCGCGGCACUUGGUUGGGGGAGGAAGUGGGUCUCUUCCUUUUCUAAACAUUGUGUCUUGGAGACUUUGUAUUGUGACACGGGUUGCAAACCAUUGUAUGUCGCAGAGAUUUUACAAAAUAACCACCCCGCCCAUUUUUUAAAGUGAGCGUCUCUUCUG